AUGAAGCCUAUUUUAUAUAAGAAAAGCCUUUAUCAAGGGAUAACAUGGCACCUGCUUCCUCAAGGCAAGUAUCAUGAACAAAUCAAGGGGUUAAAAAAUGUGAAUAUGAAUAUGAAUGUAAAUAUGAAUGUAAAUGUAAAUAUAAAUGCAGAUUCAAAUGCAAGUGCAAGUGCAAGUGCAAGUGCAAAUUCAAAUGCAAAUGAGGAUGAGGAAUCGGUUUGCAUAAACAUGACUAAAUCUGAGUUUAGGGUGUGGUGUACCAAAAAGAAGCCAAACUUGUUGUGGUACAGUCAAGAAAAAUGUCACUCCAGGACCAAUGUCACCAUAAGUAGUGAUAGACCAACUUAUGUUUAG